GUGGUGGAGUUCAAGAUGGAAGAGAGCAUGAAAAAAGCUGUGGAGGUGCUGAACAAGCACAGCCUCAGUGGGAGACCCCUGAAGGUGAAGGAGGACCCCGACGGCGAGCACGUCCGAAGAGCCGUGCAGAAGGCCAUGGCAGCCUCUGGCAGCGGGAUGGGCAUCAGCCCCGGCCCCGGCGGGCCUGGCAUGAUUAACAUACCGCCCAGCAUUCUCAACAACCCCAACAUCCCGAACGAGAUCAUCCACGCCUUGCAAGCCGGCCGGCUGGGCAGUACCGUUUUCGUGGCCAAUCUGGACUACAAGGUUGGCUGGAAGAAGCUGAAGGAGGUCUUCGGCAUGGCUGGGGUGGUCGUCCGAGCAGACAUCCUGGAAGACAAAGACGGGAAGAGCCGGGGCAUCGGCACCGUCACCUUUGAGCAAGCCAUCGAGGCCGUCCAGGCCAUCUCUAUGUUCAACGGGCAGCUGCUCUUCGACAGGCCGAUGCAUGUCAAGAUGGAUGAACGCGCUUUGCCAAAGGGAGACUUUUUCCCUCCGGAGCGGCCUCAGCAGCUUCCGCAUGGCCUUGGGGGGAUCGGCAUGGGAUUGGGGCCGGGAGGAAUACCCAUUGAUGCCAACCACCUGAACAAAGGCCUGGGCAUGGGCAACCUCGGCCCCGGAGGGAUGGGGAUCGAAGGCUUGGGCUUCGGAAUGAAUAAAAUGGGAGGCAUGGAGGGUCCUUUCAGUGGAAUGGAGAGCCUGGGCCGUUUUCCUUCCGGGAUGAACCUCGGCCGGAUGAGUGAGAUGGACCGAGCCAUCGGAGGGGGAUUCGAGAGAGACUUCCCGAGAAACGAAAUGGGGAUGGCCCGUAGUUUUGGAGACACUCUGGACAGAGGCAUAGGGGGCGGUGGGGGCGGCGCCUCGAUCCCGGCCAUUGACCGCAUGGCCCCCGGACUGGACCGCAUGGCCCCCAGCAUCGACAGGCUGCCCACCGGGCUGGGCCACGGGAUCGACCGCGUGGGCUCCGAGAUGGACCGGAUGGGGCUGGUGCUGGACCGCAUGGGCUCCGGAGUGGACCGCAUGGGCUCGGGCAUCGACCGCAUGGCCCCCCUGGGGCUGGACCACCUGGCCUCCAGCCUCGACCGCAUGGGCCCCGGGAUGGAGCGGAUGGGGGCCGGCCUGGGCUUUGGCCUGGACCGCAUGGGCUCCACCCUCGACCGCGUGAGCAGCGCCAUGGACCGCAUGGGCAGCGGGGUCGACCGGAUGGGGCUGGGCCUGGACCGCAUGGUCCCGGCCGGGAUGGGCCCCGUGAUGGAGAGGAUGCCGGCCGGGCUGGACCGCCUGGGAGCCGCCCCCAUGGACCGGAUGGGGCUGGACCGCCUGGCGGCCCCCAGCAUGGACCGCAUGGGGCUGGAGCGCAUGGGGGCGGCGGCCAGCAGCAUGGACCGCAUGGGGCCGGCCCUCAGCCAGGGCAUGGGCGCCGGCUUAGACCGGAUCGGGCUGCCCAUGGGGAGCAGCUUCGAGAGAAGCAUGGACAUGGAGCGCGGGAACUUCGCUGCCGGAAACUUCAGCGGCGCCCUGGGCACCGGAGGACCCGUCACUGCCGCCGCCGCCGGAGUAGCCAGGAAAGCCUGCCAGAUUUUUGUGAGAAACCUUCCUUUUGACUUUACAUGGAAAAUGCUGAAGGACAAGUUCAACGAAUGCGGUAAGUCGCCCGCGUAG